AUGUCAUACAACAAGAAUUAUGGAGGACAGUUCAUGGGGCUUCGUCCAACGGGAGAAGAUAGAUACACAAUUCGAAUUACGGUUGACACUGCACAGAAUAAAAAGAACGAGAACAAGAUGACAGAAGAGUCGUCUAAAAAGAUAUUUAAAAAAGAGGAAAAGAAGCCUGCGUACAAAGUUAUUUUCAUCCUCUCCGAUUUAAGGGGAAUAAACUUACCAGAGAUGCAGAAUGGAGAGGUAUAUUUCUUCUGUACGGCGAUAUUCGACAACGACGAUGUGAAGACGUCCAUGUCGAAGUCCAACUACAACUCUUCCUUCGUCCGAGGGCAGUACGUCCUGGGGGCCUACUCACUUGAGUUGAACGAGGAGAUUGUCUUAAAAAUCCCCGAGGGGUCCAACUUCGCACGAGUGUACGUGUCCCACCUGACCGUCACAGAUGAUGAGGGAACAAGAAAUAUAAAACUGGAAGGAAUAGGAUACACAGACCCGUUUAAGCUCAAUGAAUGCCAUGUUUACCCAUACGCGAGAUGCCAGCUAAACACGGCAGUUGGUGCGGAGGAGACGAAAGCAUCCCUCCGGAUGUGCGUCAAGUGCGUAGACAGCAGUCAUCCGGCAGUGAUAAAGGAGACGGAAGAAUUUAAUGUCAUCGAGAAGUUUAGAAGCCUGUCUGGGGAAUGA